GUUUAUCCUGUGAAUGUUAUAUCAAUGUAUGUCAAGAAGACUUGCAGCAAUAGUAAAAUACUACAUGCGCAAGCUCAAGGCAGUCGAGGGUGGCUCGUAAGCACGUACGGGCAAGACGAAAUCUAUCUCGACAAGAUACCUAUGGUACUCUAUUCAGCGAUGAAAAAGCAAAUUAAACAAAGCGAAUAGUCAAGGCUGACUCUGUCACUAUGAUUCAUCCAU